CAAAUAUCUAUAAAUGGAAACCCACACGGCGGAGCACUUAUCACUAAGGCUGGGGGACAGAAUUCAGGCAAACAAGUUCAAAAGUCCUCUGAAGACCACAAAGCAGAUGGAUACACCUGCGGGGAAGGAGGACUGACGGGCACCCAGGCGACCAUGACGACCGAGAACUACAAGGAGGUCCCAAAAAGUGCGGCCGAGGUGCGCCAUGCGGUCAUCUGUGAAGAAGGCCGCACGAAGCCGCUGGUCUUUACGUUUGUGCCGGUGAUUCGGAUGCUGCCCGGUCCGUCCUGGGUGAAGCAAUCAAAAGCCAAGCUGAAGGUUUCAGCAGCGCUAGUUCAGGAGGAGCUCUCUGCCAUGAAUGUGCCCCAGGACGGGGUCUUCAAGGCUGAAAUCGUGUACAUCAGUGACUCCGACGUCGGGGAAUGGGGGGAUACUUCUGCAAGACGACGGCCGCCGGUGGAAGAGACGGUCGGCUCUCAGUCUCAGCUGCUGUUCAAGUCCUCUUUGCCUACAAGGCCGACGAUCCCAACUCUUCUCACUUCUCCUGCUCUCGUUCAAAGCGGCAGAGCGGAUUCACCCGCCGUUUCCGAGGUGCCACUGCCCGGCUCGACAUCUGCCCAAAACCAGAAGGGUGUAACUCGUUCCUACCACCCCCCACCCGCCUGUCCACAAGUCAAUGGGAAUGUCAGCCCUGAUCAGAUGGAAGAUGGCAGGCUGUCCCCUCCAGCAAAGCUCCUUCACUUAGUGUCUUCCAAAGCAUCCAGUUUAUCCGAGGGUGUCGAGCUAGGCACCCAUUUUCGUUUGGCUCCCUGUACCUCCCCGUGCCCCUCAGGCCGAUCCGAAGUCUUCUCUCCCACGGUCCUUAAAGUUGUCCCUCAUGUUUUAGCGCCUGGUUCCAAUAUGUCUCGGGCCUCUCCAAUGGGGGAAAGAGCCCUGUCACCCACCCCAACCCUCGCUGACUCUCGGCCUCGGACCCCCCUCUCUGUCCUCACCAGUAUCCUGAGAUCUGGCCAGCUGCCUCCAUCCAUGAAAACGAAGAGGCCUUUCUCCCCAUCCCUGCAGCACAGCACUGCUAGUCUCCAGUCGUUGACCCCUUACUCGCCCUCCUCGAGCCUAGCGUCCAUUCCCCUGGACCUGUCGAGGCCGCAGACUCCUAGCAGCCUGGAGAGACCCAGUCGGGGGGCCAGCGCCAGUCUGCAGCUUUUGACGGCUUUACUGAAAUCUCCAUCCCCUACCCCUAACUCCCUGGCCGGCACUGCAAAGCCACAUUCCCACCCCAUAUGCCCCCAGACCUCAGACCGAGUCUGCUCCCCUUUAACCCCUGGGCAGCCCCGUUUCUCACCUACUCCGGAGUCUUCCUCACAUCCACCAGCCCAUCCGUCAGAUUCGCCUCUCUCAUCUUCUUCAUCCAGAACCAUCCCUUUGCUUUCCAGCACCCAACACGGACUCCGGGUGUACUCUCCUGUUCCCAAAGUCACCAUUUCUCCACCUGAAAGCUGGAACAAGACAAAAGACCCUUCUUCCAAAGCCGCGGGCAGAGCCCUGUCCCCAAGAUUAACAUCUCCUUCUCCGUGCUCCUUGACGUGUUCCCCCCGAUCUCCAUCCCCCGGGACAAGACCUUCUAACCGCCCCACCAGUCCACUCUCCCCAUCUCCACGUGUUCCUUCACGCUCUCCAACCCCGUCCUCCACGUCCUCUCCAGUCCCACCACACAUGGCUGCCGGCUCUCGGGAGAACCAAACUAAAAAAGCGAAGCAAUACAAGAUCACGUCGAGCUACAAGGAGUUUGCAGCCAUUCCUACAAAUGUUCUGCUUCAGGAGCAGCAGCAGAUGCUGGAUGAGAAGACAGAGGAAGCCCCCAGCGGUCAAGUUAACAGUGAGGACGACAGCCAGUUGGACCCCCAUGCUGAGUUACGUUCACCUGCUCAGCUCCGACAAGAGGCCAAGGACCUGUAUGCCGCCAUCGAUGAAGUCUUGGAAGAGCCGCUUCCCAUGCCACGAUCACAUUCUGCACCAACUUCGCUACAGAAGCUGAAGGAUGCCGACAUGCCAAAGACUUUCACAAUUCUGUCAGGAACAGCUGGUCGGGAAACUAAAUAUGCUGCUCUAAAUCGGAUACCUGUGGUCCCCCAUGAGAAACACCUGACAAAACCAGGAGUUAUUCGCCCAGUCAGUGUCACCCCAAGAAUCACAGAAGAGAAGGACGUCGUCCACCCGAACCCAUUCAGACGGUACCUGGAGGACACGUCCGACGCUGACCUUCAGCAGCUUGUUAGCAGAGUCAGGGGGCUCAGCACUCGGCUUGGAAUGGACAACACGAGGGACUCGAAGCUCCAGCGGCUCCACCGAGAGGGAGAUGGCAAACGCUUACACGCUGAGCUCCACAUAACGGAGGGAGAAGAGCAGACAGCCAAGAAAGUCACGUCAGGUAAAGGAGCUGCCGGAGUGAAGACGACCUGCUCGUGGUUUCCAGAAUAUUCCGCCGUGUCUCCUUAUUAAACCGCACGCCUCGCUCAUCUGCUCAAGUAUAGAGGACACUGACGACACCCUGGGGUCUCCAUAAGCCCUGACCACCAUGCUUAUGCCUGACUAACUAAGGUCGUGGAGCAUUAAUGGCCUUAUUUUUGUAUUGUGCCUUAAACGAAUGGAGUAACAGAUCUCUAGAACAGUAAUAAUAAUAAUAAUAAU